GGUGGAUACCGGAGAAUCGUGACACACAGGCAGGACUGCUGCUGCCAGGAUGCCUGUGGAGACGUUCCAGCAGCCUCUGAGGCAACCAGCGCGAGCUUCUGUCAGAGCUUCACCGCCUCGUCUGAGGCCUAAAGGUCCGGUGGGACCUGAUUUUUACCGGAGGACCCCGAUGUCUGCAGGCGCACCGAAACAGAGCGCUGUGGAGAGACUGGAGGCCGACAAGGCCAAGUACGUCAAGAGUCCGCUGGCUCUGUCCAAACAGCUGCCAAUCAGGCCUCCGGAGGUGAAAAGGCCACUGUUGAACCCCAGCACACCGCUGCGUCCCACCAGGAAGACCCCCGCCCUGACUAACCCAAAACAGGAGGGAGUCCAGCUGGACUUGGAGCACCUCAGUAACCUCAUCAGUAACCUCCCAGAUGGACCACAGUCCAGUUCAACAGCAUGGUCCGAGGAGAAGAAAGCCCCUGAUGGUGCUGUCCCUUUCAGGACCCCCCCCUGCAACCCCCCAGCUUGUGUGCUGCAGAUAAAGGACAGGCCGUGCCCGCCUCCACGUCCUGACUGCUCCAGUCCAGCUAAAGUCAGAUUAAAAGCAUCUGCACCAGCCCGGGGGGAGAGUCCAGGCUCUGCUGGGGCUCUGGCUGCAGGGACCGUACGUAGGGUGGACGUCAUGCCUCAGCUGGGCCCCGGGGGGGCGGCCCGCAGACCGCCUCAGGUCAUUAGGCAGCCCCUCCAGCCCAGACCUGUACAUUCUCAGGUUCUGCUGCGCCCAGCUGCACCUCAUCAACUCCUCCUCCACCAGAGACCAGCAGGUUCUCCUCUGAAACCUGUUUUUGCUCCUUCAGAGCCUGACGGCUCCUCUCCUGCUAAAACUCCAGCCUGUGCUUCACCUCCCUCUGCCCUCCCUGCGUUUCCACCUCCUCCUUCUCCUGCAAUCACCCGUCUGUCCUCCUCCAGCUCCAGGAAGCGCCCCUCUUUGACCCGGUCCAAGUCGGACAUGAGCGACCGGUACUCUCGAGCCGGGACGGAUCUGGAGCGUUUCUUCAACCUGUGCGGCCUGGACCCCGCAGACCUGCAGGAGCUGAGGACCUCCAGCUCAGACAUCGUGUCCCUCGCUCGUUUCCGCAGCGUCAGCGCCCCGGGGUCCGAGUGUGGAGGCUCCAACAGGGAGGGCGAAGACGAGGAGGACGACGAAGACGCCGGCAAAGCUGCCGACCGUGCUCCUUACACCGUUUCUGUUAUAGAGAGGAACGCAAGAGUGAUCAAGUGGCUGUAUGGUCUGCGGCAGGCCAAGGAGAACACGACGAAGAGCACCAAUUUGUAGCAGGAGGUCGACUCCAAAGAGAAACUGGUUCUCAGAACAAACUGGACGAGGUUCAGACGGAUUAAGGCUCGUUCAGUGAACUGAAAUAUGCCCAAGGUGGAAAAUUAGAAAAUGUUGCUGUUUUUAAUGGUUUCCAUCACUUGUUUUAAUUUGAUGCCUAAAUCAGGAAAAUGACA